AUGAGUUCUGAUAGUCCAGGAUGCUCACUCAUUAAGAAUCGGUUCAGAAUCAUUGAAAAUAUUGGACAAGGCGCAUAUGGAAGUGUGUAUAAAGCAUUAGAUCUAUUAAAUAACAAAAUAGUUGCAUUAAAAACAGUUAAAAUAUUUGAUCAUAAGCAAUCAAUGCCUGUAAGCUUCUUUAGAGAACUAAAAGUAUUGCAAAGUAUCAAAGACUCUCAUAUAAUUCAGUAUUUUGAAACUAUUCGAUCAAAUGAUUCUACUUUUAUAUCAAUGGAGUGUUGUGAUACAGAUCUUCAAAAGCAACUAUCAUCUAGAUACAGGUUAUCAUUCAUUCAAAUCAAAUCUCUGAUGAAACAGUUACUCCAAGGAUUAAAUACCCUUCACUCAAAUGGUUUCGCUCAUCGUGACAUUAAACCAGCUAACAUAUUACUAAAAGGAGGUUCGCAACUCAAAAUUGCUGAUUUAGGACUAUCAAAACAAAUUUUAAAUCAAAGAUUAACAUCAAAAGUCUGUGCUUUAGCAUAUAGAGCCCCAGAACUAAUACUUGGAUCAAAAGAUUAUACAUUUUCGGUUGAUAUUUGGUCAGCUGGAGUAAUUUUUUAUGAAUUACUUACUGGUUUACCAUUCCCUGCUGCUGGAAGCGAAAUUGGACAAAUUGAUAAGAUAUUUCAGCUGACUGGUACGCCAAACAAUUCUGAAACAAAUUCGAAUGAAGAUAUAAAAUUAUUUAAUUUUUAUUGUCAACUUCCGAAUUGGAAUAUAACUUCAAUGCUUUCUUCUCAUACAAGAACACUCGAGCAGUUUCUUGAAAAGUUGAUUCCAUUGGAAAUGCAAGAAGCUAUUCCAAUUUUACUUGAAAUGCUGAGUCUUAACCCUGAGAAAAGACCAUCAGCAUCACAAUUAUUACAAUAUGACUUCUUCUCAUUCGAUGAAGAAGCAAUUCCUAAGAUUCCUCAUCCAGAGAUCAAAGUUGUUGAGCAGAGAUGUAUUACACCACCUUACGUGCAUCGUCCUGCUCCAAUACUAUUGGUCUGUAAUUGA